AUGUCAGCACUGUAUCCCAAGCAAUAUGAUGAUAAGUCUUCUGAUCACGGGAGCAAGUUCUGCCUCAUUCCCAUCGACCGAAUAGAGUUUAAACUCAUCAAACUACCUUCUGAAAUGGCCUGUUCAUAUGCCAUGUAUCAUACUUGCUACUGCCUACGUUGUCAGCGCUUCGUCCCUUCUGGUCCGGGUCUCUGCCAAGUGCCCAAAGUCCAGUUGCCUUUACUAGCUUGUCUAAUGGGCAAUGACUAUGUUUCUCCUAAUUUCAUUAGUGCUCAUAUUUUCACCUCAGAAAAUCAGAAAAUGUCUAAGCAGGAAAACGCAUUUCGGCUUUUCCGACGAUUAAUGACCUGGCUAUAUGAAUUUGGACAUGAUCCACAUCUCCCAAUCAGGAUUUUGUUAGACAAGGUUCCAAAGAGCAAACGUGUACCUACUAUGAUUAGAUUGCUGGAUGGCUUAUCUUCGUACGUGCUAGAUCCGUUUUCUUCACACGAACUUGUCAAGGAGGUUCAUACAAUUCCUGAGUCGCCUGUUUUCCUUGAUGUUAUAUCUUUACCUGGUAUGCCCAUUUUUAAUCCUAUAUAUAAUUUUCAUUAA